UGUGGGGUAAAUAAGCUCCGCCCCUCUUCCGGUUUGGUUUUACACAAUCGGUGGUUACCAAAGCAGACGUUCGGAGCUCUGUGGUCAUUAGAGGAUCAGCGACGAUGGGGGUCACAGUCAGAGUGGAAUAUUGUGGUGGAUGAGGUUACGAGCCCCGCUAUCGUGAGCUCGCCCGUGUUGUCAAGGGUGAGUUUAGCGAUGCGGACGUGACAGGUUUCGUGGGAAGAACCGGUAGCUUUGAGAUUGAAAUCAAUGGGCAGCUGGUCUUCUCCAAGUUUGAAACUGGUGGAUUCCCUUAUGAGGAUGACGUCAUGAACGCGAUUCAAAAUGCUUAUGAUGGCAAACCUUUGCAGAAGAUCACCAAAAGCCGCGCUCCAUGCGUCAUCAUGUAAACCUCCCUACUGCUACACAACCGUGCAGCUGUGGUUUACACACCCAGAAGAGAAGCACUAGCAGUAAACCAACUCUGCUCUGCCUCAUGGCUCCUCUCUCUGUUCCCAUAGUGGUCCUCCGGGGUAUUAAUGAUUACCGUUGCUUCAACUAUUAAAGGUUAUGGUAUGAUGUAUCUGUCCCUGGAGUUCCCUCAUCAUAGGAGCAAAGACAGGGAGAUGAUGUUGCAGAUGAUAUGGAGGGAGUUCACCUUUUUGUCCUAUUGCCUGUCAUUUUCUACCCGACUAGUUGUGUUUUGUUUCUCACUGUAGGUUUGUUUGUUUGUUUGUUUUUUGUUGGAACAAUACAAAUGGAAAUACAUUAUCUUUGCACCACACUAUGCAUAAUGAUUUGUCACUAAAGCAUUUUUAUAUUUCAUCAUUUUCAUAAAGUAGUAAUUUGCUCUGCUGGUUUUGAAUAGAUUUGCAUUGUCAUAUUUGUGGCUUGGUGGAUGGAAAGGGAAUCUGGACCUUUUUUUUUUCUUUUUUUUUUUAAAUCCAUAUCAAAUUUGAAAGGAGUAAAACAUUAAAACGAUUGGACCUAAUGAUGCUAUUGUCUGCAGCACCUGAGCUUAGCCAAGUUUCUGCUCUAAUUUGAUUCGGUAAAGUACUUUCGCAUGAAAUGUGUGUUUCUAAGGGCCGUCACCAGCUGGUCUAUGAAGCUCACAUACUAGAUGCUAGCUCAUAUUCCAUAAAUCCUUUUGCAUUGUUUUCUGAUAUUAAAACUGGAGCAAGAAAUAAAGGCAAUUGUUCUUUAA